AUGCGUUUGGAAAUACCGGAGUGCAGACGGUGUUGCUGCUGCGUUCCUCUACGACGCGGUAUCCUCGUUUUUGGGUACAUCAAUUUGAUGUUUUCAAUAUGUAUAGUGGUGAUGGAAUCAGUUAUAAGUUUCAACGAAUUCAACACGACACACAUGAUGGCUGUGUACAAGGGUGUAUCCUUCUAUUCACAAGCUUGGUUCGCCUUGGUUCUGUACAGUGCUGAGAUUGUAUUUAAUAUUGUACUUCUAAUCGGAGCUCACAAGAAGAAGACAAAGUUGCUUAGAGCCUACUACUACUAUGGAAUUACAACCACCCUAGCAUCUCUCGUAACGUUCGUAGUGGUAAGGCAUAAAGAACUAUAUAGUAAUUGGGGAUAUAACAUUAUAGAAUGCACCAUCGUGUUUUGUGGUAUAGGACUUCAAGUCUAUCUUUUGCUGCUGGUUAGAAGCGAACUAUUGAAGAUGCGACAAAGUAGUCGUUUUUGCUACGUGAACCACGCCGCGGAGAUGGUAGUAGACGCUCCUCUGCAAACUGGACGAAACCCUUUU